CUGUGCUCGGUGACGGCGGCGCGCUGCGCGGGGCUGUGCUCGGUGACGCGGUGCAGACGCGGCCACUCUCGGCCUCUGCGCUUAUUUCUCCUCCUGCUCCUCGACCGAGGGUCGGUUGCGCGGCGGCGAUGGCGGAUUACUGGAAGUCCCAGCCAAAGAAGUUCUGCGAGUACUGCAAAUGUUGGAUAGCGGACAAUAAACCUAGUGUGGAAUUUCAUGAAAGGGGAAAGAAUCAUCAAGAUAAUGUAGCAAGGAAAAUCAGUGAGAUUAAAAAGAAAAGUUUGGAUAAAGCAAAAGAAGAGGAGAGAAUGGCAAAGGAAUUUGCUGAGAUGGAGAAUGCAGCCAUGAAAGCUUAUCAGGAAGAUCUGAAGAGGCUUGGAGUAAAUAUUUCAGCUUCAUCAUCAUCAAGCACAACUGAAAAAAAGCCAGCAAUAAAGGUUUCUGAUUCACAACAUGGUGCAAAGCAAAGUAAAGCAAAUGUUUGGGUGGAAGGUGUCUCACCUGAAGGAUAUACCUAUUACUACAACACUGGAACAGGAGAAUCACAAUGGGAAAAGCCUGAAGGGUUCCAAGGGAGCUCAAACUUUGUGCAGAGUGAAGUUGCACAACAGGACCUGUCAGCCUCUUCAUGGGUAGAAGGAGUUACUCCAGAAGGCUGCACCUACUAUUACAAUCUUACAACAAGAGCAUCACAAUGGGAAAAGCCGGAAGGCUUCAUCUCUGCUAAUGAAUGCUCGGAUACAGCUGGCAAGGAUAAGACCGAGCCUGAGGGAUACGCUAAAGAAUCCACAACUGCAGAGAUUGCUGAGAAAGGCCCUGAAGAUCACUCUGCAGGAGAAGAGGAGCAGUUGUUUAAAGAAACAGAGGCUUCCAUUCCACAAAGUGAAACGAAUGUCUCCCUCCAGAAGCAAAUUGCUGCAGGAGUUGAAAGUGAUGCGAAGUCCCCCGAGGGAAAACUUGAUACCGAGGUGGAAAACACAUUGCCCCAAGAUGAGCAACAACAGGAAGCAAAGAAAGCCUUCAAGAGGAAGAAUGUAAACCCCUAUGGGGAAUGGGAAGCUGUAAGAGUGGAAGAGGGGGAACAGAUAGACCUGCAGCUGCCUACAGUAGAGUACUCUGCUCCAACAGUGCUCGAUGUAAACCAGGAACCCAAAGUCAAGUUUAAACAAAAAGAAAUAACUUCACUGGGGAGUGAUGCAGGAGGAGAGACAGUGUUUAAAAAAAGGAAAGUUGAAAAUGGAAAAUCUAGAAACCUUCGGCAGAAAGGAAAUGAUAACUGAAUAUCACAAAAUAUAAUGCAGAAAUAUGUACAAUGUUAUCUGGCUUUGAUUUCUGUAGUAAAGACAAUCUGCCUAGAUUUUCAGUUACAGUUCAUUGGCCUUGUUUGGUGUAAAAUACUGCAAUAUUUUUUUAAAAAAACAAUGUAUCUUUUUAAGUCGGUAUUGUUUUGAAUUAAGUUGGUAGUUUUGAAUAAGAGCACAGGAACUUGCAAACCAUUAUUUCUGUAGUCGUUAUCAUUUAGGUUUAUACCUGGUUUGACAGCAUUUACUGCAUUUGUUUCGGUAAUUUUUUCGUUAAGACAUUAAGAUUUUUUGGUGUACUAAAUAUAAAAGGAAAUAAUGUAUGCUGUGAUAGCUUAUAAUUGGUAAAAUAGAGCUCCGUACUGUGUGCUGUGGAUUUAAUGAUUUUAACAUCGCAUCUUUACAUAAAGUCCUUACAGAAAGUAGUUUAAAAUAUUUUGCAUAAUAACUUCUGUAGGUAAAGAUACAGCUGUCAAAAAUAAAACUGUGAAAUAUG